AUGCAAAGUUUCAAACAAGGAAGUCACUGUGACAACGAUAAUUCAAAUCACUUCAAGAUUGCUUCUUCGAGGCUCAAAAAACGAUGUUUGUUUCUGCUAAUUUUGGGACUUAUGGUUAUGAUUAUUUUCAAUAUGGCUCUCAUACUUUGGAUUAUUAGUGUCAUGGAUUUUUCAACGACUAGUAUGGGCAGUUUGCGAUUUGUACCAGGAGGCUUGCAGCUGAUUGGUAAUACUCUGAUGCUCGGCUCUCUGACUGCCAGCAGCAUAAAAGCAAAGCAUGGACGUCCCUUGAUUUUGGAAUCUUUUCAUAAUUUCACAAUUCAUACCAGAGACAAGCACGGAAUGAUAAGCGAUCGAUUCUUUUUAGGUCAAGGUCGUCUGGAAUGCUCGACUUCUGCAUUUGUUGUAUCAGAUACAUCGGGAAUACCAAUAUUUUCCGCGAGCCCUCGAGAAGUUUUUAUAAGAACGGAGUCUCUCCGAGUGCACGGCGAAGGGGGCACUACUGUCCAAGGAAGUGUGCAGACACCACUAGUUCGUUCGGAAUCGGGAAACGCUCUUAGAUUAGAAUCAUCAACACGAGGUAUUAAAAUUAUUUCUCCAAAAGGAAUCCAUGUGGAAUCGAAGGCUGCUGAUAUAAAGACUGAAAGUUUAAAUGACAUCACAAUUAAAUCUCUUGCAGGAAAGAUAAAACUAGAUUCUCCGAACGUACUAAUGCCCAACUUAAAAAUUGCAUUACCUGUGCAGCAAAGUCAUAUUAACAACGAAAAUUCUAAUUCAAAAAAAUAUAAUACCAUAUACCAGUUAUGUUCUUGUGCAAAUGGUAAAUUAUACUUAGCCCAAUCACAUGGAUUGUGUAUAACUGAUAUAUCACAGGAUAUAUGUAGAUGA